CGCCCCCUGGCACUAGCCCCGCCCCCUCCUCUUCCUGCCGGAGGCUCCAUCAGUCAGUGACUCCGGUCUCAUUUACGCCGCAAAGAGCAGGAAUAAGGGAACAAUUGGGACAUCAUGGGCAUCAAAUUCUUGGAGGUGAUAAAGCCGUUCUGUGCAGUGCUGCCAGAGAUCCAAAAACCUGAACGAAAGAUCCAGUUCAGAGAAAAGGUGCUAUGGACUGCCAUCACUCUCUUUAUCUUUCUGGUGUGUUGUCAGAUUCCUCUCUUUGGUAUAAUGUCUUCAGACUCUGCAGAUCCGUUCUACUGGAUGAGAGUCAUUCUAGCUUCAAACAGAGGUACUCUGAUGGAGCUGGGUAUCUCACCCAUCGUCACCUCAGGCCUGAUAAUGCAGCUCCUUGCUGGAGCCAAGAUCAUUGAAGUUGGAGACACACCAAAGGACAGAGCCCUCUUUAACGGCGCCCAAAAAUUGUUUGGGAUGAUCAUCACAAUUGGCCAGGCUAUUGUGUAUGUGAUGACCGGCAUGUAUGGAGAUCCAUCAGAAAUGGGUGCAGGGAUCUGUCUGCUCAUCAUCAUACAGCUGUUUGUUGCAGGGCUGAUUGUGUUGCUGCUGGAUGAGUUGCUACAAAAGGGCUAUGGUCUUGGUUCGGGGAUCUCGCUCUUCAUUGCCACGAACAUUUGUGAGACUAUCGUCUGGAAGGCCUUCAGCCCCACCACUGUGAACACUGGAAGGGGUACCGAGUUUGAGGGAGCCAUCAUCGCCCUUUUCCACCUCCUCGCCACCAGGACAGACAAAGUGCGUGCUCUAAGAGAGGCCUUCUACAGACAGAACCUGCCCAACCUCAUGAACCUCAUUGCCACUGUAUUCGUAUUUGCUGUAGUGAUAUACUUUCAGGGAUUCAGAGUGGAUCUGCCCAUCAAGUCAGCUCGCUACCGUGGCCAGUACAACACCUACCCUAUCAAGCUGUUUUACACCUCUAACAUUCCCAUCAUCCUGCAGUCUGCCUUGGUCUCCAACUUGUACGUUAUCUCCCAGAUGCUUUCCACACGUUUCAGUGGCAAUUUCCUGGUCAAUCUGCUCGGAACGUGGUCUGACACGUCGUCCGGCGGCCCAGCUCGUGCCUAUCCUGUCGGGGGUCUCUGUUACUACCUCUCUCCCCCCGAGUCAUUUGGGUCUGUUCUAGAUGACCCGGUUCAUGCAAUCAUCUACAUCGUCUUCAUGCUCGGCUCAUGUGCCUUUUUCUCAAAGACUUGGAUUGAAGUUUCAGGCUCAUCUGCGAAAGAUGUGGCAAAGCAGCUGAAGGAGCAACAGAUGGUGAUGAGGGGACACAGAGAAACAUCAAUGGUUCACGAACUGAACAGGUACAUCCCAACCGCAGCUGCCUUUGGUGGACUCUGCAUUGGCGGUCUAUCAGUUAUGGCAGACUUCCUCGGUGCCAUCGGCUCUGGUACUGGUAUCUUGUUGGCGGUCACGAUCAUCUAUCAGUACUUUGAAAUUUUUGUCAAAGAACAGAGUGAAGUGGGCAGCGUGGGAGCGCUGCUCUUCUAGACUAGCCACGAUCCUGUCACCUUCUACCAACUUUUAUUAGGAUCACCAACCUCGCAUUUAUUUUAGAUCAAGGAGAACCCCCUGCCUCGUCACCUCUGCAGUUUCCAAUCAUGUGAGGAACCUUUAGGAAUCUCUGUUGCAAUGAGAUACUGCGAGUUGGUCAAACUACAUGUUGACUUUCAUUUGCUCCCACUUCGUAUCUUCCAAAGGGAAGCAAUACCCACCAUUUCAACUGUACUUCAUCUGUUGUUGGUUUUGGUUUUUGUUUUUCAAUUUUAUAUAAAUAUGUGACUCCAGAUUAAAGCUCCCCAAAGGCGGGAGUUUGGUCACUUUUUUUCUGUCCAAACUGACUAGUGAGCGCUUCGGUAUGCAGGCAUACUUGACUUGUAUGAUGGCGGUCAACUGCCUGCUGUGUGCUUAGUGUUAUCUUAGCCUGUACUUUUACUGUCAGAUGUAUUUUUAUUUUUCUGCUAACCUGCCAAUAAGGUGAAAAUGUGGACCAGAAGUCGAACUGUCAAGAUGCCGAGUCAAGUACUGUAUAUGUUCCUUAUGUAGAGCUUGUCUGUGGUUGGGGUCCUGGAAGUAGAGGAUGUGGAGCUCACAUUGGGUUCCAGCCUCAAACAGAAAGGUCUGAAGAGUCACCUAGUGAACCUUUUUAGGAGAAGCAGGGGUUCCUGUUUAAAUGUAUGGCAUUCCCAAGGAUCUACAGUAUUAACUCGUAUUUCUUUUUCAUUCUUGUUACCCACAUACUCUUGUUUUGAAUUCUCCGCUUUACAUAUACAAUCACUUUUUCAAACAAAUUUGAUUUACUGUACAUAGGCCAUGCAUUAAAUAAUUUUGAAAUUGUCUUAUGUUUAAGAUGAAGUCUUUGAAUAUGUAAAAAUAAAUGCAUUUCAGAACAAACUUGUAUAAAAAAAAUUAAAUAAAAAAAACUUUCUCAAUA